AUGGCAGAAGGGCACUCGCACGACCACGACCAUCCCUCGGUGCUGAUGCGGCUGCACGGUACGUUCAUGGUAAUUGCUUGGCUGUUCUUCAAUUCGCUCGGAAACACCGUUGCAAGAUACUUUCAAAAAACAUGGACCAACAGACAGUACUUUGGUGUGCCGGUCUGGAGCUUUUACCACCGGAUCUACAUGACGGCCUGCUGGACACUAACAUGCGCCGCCAUCAUUUGCAUCUUCAUCGAUCUAGAGGGCUUUGAGGCACACGCGCAUAGCAUCGUUGGACUGGCGACGUUCGCCCUGGUAUUCUUCCAGCCUAUCCUUGGCCUAAUGAGACCUCCGCAACAGCAGGCCCGAUCUGCGAUUAGAAUCUUGCACAGCUUGGUCGGGCAUAUCGCGUACAUUCUGGCAGUCACGAACAUGUUUCUGGGAGUUGGACUGGAAGCGGCCCACAUAUCCUCCACCAUGUAUGGGCUGCUCGGUGGUGCCAUAGGUGUUCACGUGCUAGCACAUGUAGUUUUCAACGUACUCGAAUAUCUUGCCAGGCGGAAGGGCUCGGAGCUGGACGUAAAUAAGGAUGCAUCGUUUUCCCGCUGGAGGAAAACUACCUUCAUGUUGCAGAUGAUUGCACUGUACGCGUUCAGUAUCGUGAAUGUAGUGUACGUGUGGCGCGUGUAA